CCCCCCAACACCAACACCACCACCACCACCCCCGUCCCUUCUACAAGAUUCAGAGGCUUUGCUAAAGAAUGCUAUGGGGGAACAGUUUGACCAUGUGCAAUAAUACACAGCUUUGAAAAAAAAAAGCCCAUAUGAAAGAAACCUUUGUGUUCCUGACGGGAAGUCUCUUUGGACUGACACUGCACCCUUUUGAAGGGAUUCGUCUACCGCUGUUGCUUUGUGCUGCACUGACCAUUCAUGUUGGAAACAGGGUUCAGGGGAAAUCCUUUCAUUGUACAGCAUUUACAUAACCGUUACCCCAAGCUGUGCUCCCAUUUUUUCGAGAGAUGCACAACGCCACUUUGGUGAUGGAAAAUGCUUCCCUGAAUUCGAACAAUACUCAGCAGUAUGAGGUGUGUCCCAAGAAUGAUGAAUUUAAGUACACAUUGUACAGUUCUGUUUUUAGCGUUGUCUUUGUCGUGGGGCUCAUCACCAACGUGGCCGCGAUAUACAUCUUCCUCUGCUCUCUUAAGCUGAGAAAUGAGACCACCACCUACAUGAUAAACCUGGUCUUCUCUGACCUGCUGUUUGUUUUCACGCUGCCUCUACGGGUCUUUUAUUUCCUCCGUCAAAACUGGCCCUUUGGCAGUGUGCUGUGUAAGCUGUCAGUCUCUCUCUUCUACACCAACAUGUACGGCAGCAUCCUCUUCUUAACCUGCAUCAGCGUGGACCGCUUCCUGGCCAUCGUCCACCCGUUCCGUUCGCGGACGCUAAGGACAAAGCGCAACGCCAAGAUCGUGUGCGCCGGCGUCUGGGUGUUGGUGUUGUCCGGAAGCCUGCCCACGGGUUUCCUCCUGGAGACAACAGCGCGCGACUCCUCAGGCAAGUUCUGCUUCGAGAACUUCUCCUCGAAGCAAUGGAAAACCCAUCUCUCCAAAGUGGUCAUCUUCAUCGAGACUGUAGGCUUCCUCAUCCCGUUACUACUCAAUGUGUGCUGCUCUGUCAUGGUGUUACAAACUCUGAGGAGGCCACACGCCAUCAGUCGUGGAGGAAAACUAAAUAAGACCAAGAUCCUGCGGAUGAUUGCUGUACAUCUAUGCAUCUUUUGCUUCUGCUUUAUCCCCUACAACGUUAACUUGGUUUUCUAUUCGCUCGUACGCACGAAAAUCCUCAAGGGUUGCUAUGUGGAAUCUGUUGUCAGGACCAUCUACCCAAUCGCCCUUUGCAUCGCUGUGUCCAACUGCUGCUUUGACCCCAUAGUCUACUACUUCACCUCGGAGACCAUACAGAACUCUAUCAAGCGAAAGUCACAGCAGAACCGUGCAUACAACACCAAGUUCUCAGAGGCUCUGCAAUCAGAAACCAGCUCCAACCUUCACUAUAGUUUGAGAAGUCUCAAAACAAAAAUGUUCCACAAUGAAUCAAGUGUGUGAGGGAACAAAGAAAGAUCUGGUAUAUAGACAUCAGAUAGAUGGAUGUUAAAUACAGGGUCAAAAAAAGACUAGAAAAAGCACUGAAGCCUAUGGAGCAUACAUGGCCAUUUGAGUAUUACUUGGGGCUAAAAAUGAACAAUGCCCCGUUAAUAGUAUUUCUGUCGCCUACCAAGCUAUGCUUGACUCUAUACUGGAAGAAUAAUGUUUUUCCCCUAUGUUUGGAUGUCCAUUUGGAAUGAUAUUUCAAUAAUUGCAAUGAUGAGGUAAUAUAUAUGUCUUCACUAACAAAAAAAUUGUUAAAAAAAAAAAAGGAAAAGAAAAUGAACUGAAAUUCAGUUAUAUACACUGGUGACCAACUUUUCCCAUGUACAAAACUUAUGUAUGUUUACGUAACUCAACUGGUAAGUGAAUGUAAAUAAAAUAUAACCACUAUUUAACUGAAGUCCCAUAAAACCAAAUAAAUCAAGCUUUCCUAGAUCCACUGAUAACGUCUCAGUGAUAAACAACUUGAUAAGACUGUACCUGAAGUAUUGGAGUGUUUCAAGCAUGACAGUGGUUUUGUGGGCACUUAAUGUUUCAUGGAGUUUUAAGUACGCACUGACAUUAACAUUCUAUCACUAUGUAUUCUGUUUGUGUUUCAAAUCCUCACUUGAAAAUAAAGCAACAAAUAUA